AUGCCUUUUUACGAGGCUGGAGUGACGGAAGGGCCACCACCUAGUGUGGCCCCAGGUGAUGUGGUGGAGCUCCAGGUCUACGACGAUGAAGGAGCUUCACAAGGAACCGUACUUGUGGGUGUGUGGCGUCAAGCUGGCACUUACAAAGGAGGUGCGGUGAUCGAGGGCCGGUUUUUAGGGGCAAGUGAUCUCUACUACCAGUGGUGGAUGAAUUCCGAUGAGGAUGCUCCGAACAUCUUGAAGGCGUGGUAUCACCUGUGUGCUCAGGCCACAGUGACUUGCCCCGAGACCACCAAGUACAAAAGGAUGGUGCACAGUGACCGCAACCGCAACCUAGGAGCGGGAGCACCCACAGCCCGUAGGGUACCAUGGCUCGCUGACAAGGUCUUGAAAGAGGGAGUGGAUGAGAAGUACAAGAGGUUUGUCGAAGCGGGCGGAGGACCCCCCAAGUCACCAGGGGACAAAAAGACCUCUGCGACCACAGCCGCUGCAACCUGGGCGGAGGAUGGCGACGGUGAGGACGAAGACGAAGAGAGUCUGUCGUCAUCUCAGUCGGAUGACAAAGGGAUGAAGGCGAAAAUCGCCGAUCUUAAGGCUCAACUGAAGAAGGCAGAGAAGGAAACCCAGAAAGACAAGGACGACAAGAAGAGGAAGAAACGCCGUCACCAGGGUACUGAUGGCCCUGUGUCCCAGAGCAAAAAGAAGAGAAAGGCGCGCGCCGGCGACCCAGACCUGUCUGGUGAGGAGAGAGACAAGAGACGCGGGCGCAGGCGCGAGAGAUCCAGGUCGCGUCGCAAGAAGUCUCGUGACCGCUCCCCAUCCAAGGAGCGUGAGAAAAAGAAGGACAGAAAGAAGGCACGCAAGAGUUCUGAACGGGCCAGCAAGAGUGACGAGAGCGAGGAUGACAAGGAGGGCAUCUUCCGAGCCAAGAAGGCUGCCAACACAGGAGGAGCUGCCAAAGAGAAGGACAGAGGCCUGUUUGGUGGAGGAGCCUCGGUGGCUUUUAGCGAAGAUAGCUCCUCCGAGUCCGAGUCGCUUUUUCAGAAAGGCUCCGCCGCCCCCGCGAAGGGCAGCCAGCAGAGGCUGGUAAAGUACGCCCGCAGGCAUCCGGGGAGACUGGCAUCCCGCUUGUUGCUCAAAAUGCACGAAGGGACAGCCAGGGGGGCGGUGGGGCCGAACGCACUAAGGAGCAACAAGACGCCGGUGGUGGCGCUCAACUCCCUUCUGACGAUUCUGCUGCCCACGUUGGGUCCGAAGGUAGGGGUCCGCUCGACCCGCGAGCUGAAGACCCUUGGGUCCAUCUUGGACCACCUGGCAGGAGGAAGUCCAUCAAAAGCAGCGGACGUGGUCUGCCAGAGAAUCAAAGCCUUGGAGCGAGCAACACAAGAAGGUCACUGGGGAGCUGCUCAGUAUCUGGAGCUCCUAGCACCGGAAGGGACUCUCCUGCUCGACCGCGACGAGGAGGCAUACAUGACCAAAGAGUACCUGCUGGAGCAGAAGCUACGCAGCUACGAUCGAGGACAAGGCCGAAGAGAUCGAGAGGUGAAAGGAGGCGGAAAGGAGACCCCAAAAGGAAAAGGAAAGGCCAAGGGCAGGGGUGCGAAGGACGGAGGAGCGAAGAAACCAAGUGAAGGAGGAGGCAAUGAGCGCCGCCUCCCCAGCAUCAGGACACUUCACCCACUCCCUGCCUUUAUGGAAGCGGAAAGGAGGCCUGAGGAGCUGAUGCAAUACCUGAGAGAGCUUAUGUGUGAGUUGGAUUCACCGUACGCCAAGUACGUGAGAAGCUUGAAGGAGCUGGAGACGGACAUGCCCACGGAGGAUCCUCCUGGGGCCAUGGAGCCACCCAAUUUGCUGCCAGUGCGAGCGAACAGCGUCGAGAAGUUUUUGCAGGGCAAGGAUGAGCAAGUAACGGCAUGGGUUUUGACUGUGGUGGAGGUGUUGAACUACCAUGCAACCAUGGGAAAAUCCAGAACUGGGCCGGCACAUCUCACGGCCGCACAGGAGCUCAUGGUCACCCGCUUAAUGUUGGCGGUGAGAAGAUUCACUGACAAAGAAGGAAAAAUCCACCCGUUGACCACCAGCCUGGCUGAGAUUGGCAAGGUGAAAUUCGAUUACGGAGGGGAACCUGUACAAUACAUGGAGGAUUUGGAAGCCGCCAAGAUCAUACCAUGCUGGCCGGCCGUGGGUGAGGCGGCGGUGCAAGAGGCGAGAGAUUUUGUGCCUCCCCAUGUGCAGGACUGGCUUGACAAUCCCGAGAAGUGCCUCCUUCCUGCAGCGCAAUGGCCGGAAGAGCCGCCGGUCAGCCGUGUGCGCGCCACGGACUCUGAGUGGGAGUUGAUAGUGGAGGCAGCCUAUGCCAGAGGAAUGAUGCGCAUGGUCUCUGAGAGUGAGUUGCUGAGGGACCAGGCCGGGAGACCCAUCUUGAACGGAGCCGGGGCGGUGAAGAAGGUGAAGCGGGUAGGUGGCGAAGAGCACAUGCCUGGUGAUGAUAUUCACCUGCCCUACUUGGGGCAGAUGUCAAUGAUGGAGAUCGAUGAAGACGAGGAGGUACUCAUCGAUAGCGAGGACCUGGUGAGCUGCUUCAACCUGUUCAGACUCCCUCCAAAGUGGGGCGGGUUUACGGCCUUCAACAAGAAGGUGUCGGCACGAGUCUUUGGAGGACCCGCCAAUGAAAUGGUCUACGUGGGUAUGACCGUAGUGCCCAUGGGCUGGCUCAACUCGGUGGCCCUGAUGCAGACCGUGGUAAGAUCCCUCGUGUUUGGAAUGAGCCAAGUCCCAGAGACCAGCGAGGUAUCGAAGUUGAAAUGUUUCCCGGAUGAGGACUCAGUGUCCGUGGUCUACUUGGAUAGCUUUGACGAGCUGCGCAAGGUAAAGGCCGGGUACCGUGCAGUGUUGGAAGGACGACCUUCCCAUCGCCACCAGAGGUUCGUGAACACAUGCAACUCUUUGAAGUUGCCCCUGAACAAUGCCAAGACGCUGGUGGGCGCUGUGCAUGGGUCCCUGCAAGGCGGAGACUUUGAUGGCCAAGACGGAAUUUUUGAGUCGUCCCAUGACAAAAAGCUUGGAGUCAUGACUCUCGGAGCAGCUAUAUUGGCCACGGGCAGCGCCACAGAGUUUGAACUCAGGCACUUCGUUGGAAAGGCCAUCUUCUCCAUGUCUUUCCGGCGGCCGGUUUUGGCCAUGUUGGAGUCAAUCUUUGUGGACAUGGGCAAGGUGGGGCAGGCAAAGGCCCAGCUGACAAGGGGCACCCUGGAUGAGGUGUACGUGGUGCUGGCGCUUCUGCCCUUGAUGUACAUGAAUUUGAGGGCCCAGAUGGACCAGGAGGUAAGCAUCACGGAUGCUUCACCCACCGGUGGUGGUGGUGCAGUGGCCAGGUCUUUCAAGUAUGAGCCCGACACAUCGAGGCAUGACGGCAACUACUGCAGAGAGCGCGGAAGAAGGAAGAACUAUGCCAUGCCGAAGUUUGGAGAAAGGUUCUCCGGACCAAAUGCCCCGCUGAGCCAGGCAGUGGCGAGAGGUGGAGGAAUUGAAGUCCAAGAGCCGUUUGAUCUGGAACGGGGACAUGAUUUCUUCACGGAUGCUGGGCGAAAGCAGCUGGAAGCGCUUGAAGGAGAUCCUGCGCUGGCCGCCGAGCACUGGGGGCCGGAGUGUAGGCUGUUCAGCAGGGCAAGGGGUAAGCCCGUCAAGCUGCCGGACGGCCGAACUAUCCCUGGACCGCAAGCCGUCAGAGACAAGAAACAUGUGAUGGGCUUCCCUUGGGCGACCGAUCAAAUGAAGAUCCAACUCAGGCGUUCAAACAAGAUGGCCUUAUGGGCGCUGAAGCGCGCCAAAAGUGAGUUUGGGCGCCGGCGGUACGUCACUGUGGAGCACCCAUACAACAGCUGGCUGUGGUCCUUCACGCUGGCUGAGGAGCUGGUUGAAGAUGAGUUUGAGUAUGCCACCGGCACCAACUGCUGCUGGGGCGGCGACCGCAUCAAGUGGUAUGCGCUGCUGAACAACUCUGAGGAGAUACUCAAAGAGGUCCACAGGCCCCUGUGUCAAGGGCACGAAAGCCUUCGAGGCUAUGACGUGACGUUGAAUCCAGAUGGAUCCCUCAAGUUUGCGACCGAAGAAGAGUCGGAGUACAAGAUUGCCUGGUGCGAGGCGUACGCCCGCGGUCUCAAGGCACAGCUCUGCAAAAACGGGUGGAUACAAAAGGCAAUCUUCGAGGGACGUGUCCAGAAGGUUGAGACGGAGCUGAAGUUGUCCACCAACCGGCUCAGAGAUCCAGAGACCGCCCUCGCAGUGGCGCGCCAAGUCGUGAAGUUGGAGCAUGGGAUGACCACGGGGAUGGAGCGUGCUCACCUACGGGAAAUGGCAAGGCGCACCUCUAUCCGCGGCACUGACGUGAGGCUACUGCUGGGGGACAAUCAGGCAGAGUCCCCUUACCCGGCUUAUCGGUGGAUGUGGCACGAAGUCCUUGCCUAUGCCUGGAAGGAAUCCCGGCAUAUCAAUGAAGGAGAAGUGGGUGCUUUCAAUGUGCUUCUCCGGAGAAGAUGCAAGGACCCGGCCAAGCAUGAGCUCAGGUACCUGCACGUUGUGGACAGCAUGGUGUCCCGGGGCGCCAUCAGCAAGGGGCGCAGUCCCUCACGUGGCAUGAAUCGACUCUUGAGGCAGACCGCUGCACUGUUGUUAGGCUCUGAUCAGUACCCUCUGAAGCGUACUAUCAGAGCUUACAGAAUGGCGGUGAGUCGAUUCCUUUUGCAUGCCAAAUUAUGUCACCUUCCGUUACGCACCCAGACGGAAGUGGAUGCAGCCGUGGCUGACUACAUCAAUAUGCUGUAUCAAGAAGGCGACAGCCUGGCGCAAGCGGGACACAUUUUGUCCGGCUUGAAAAGAUUCAUCCCGCAGAUGCGUCUCAAACUACCCUUAGCCAGCCAGUAUUUCAGGAACUGGCAGCGCAUUCAUGCGCCAGCACGAGCCAUCCCGCUGAGUUGGGACCUCCUACAAGCGAUGGCGGCAGUUUGUUUAACCCUGGCGAAGCCAGGUGUAGCCCUCAUGCUGUACUUGGGUUUCUUUUGCUUUCUGCGCACCAGCGAGAUGCUGGCGCUCCAGUGGUGUCACCUCAUUUUGCAUGAGCGAAGGCCCCAGAUCUCAGUCAUCAUCCCGUACUCAAAGACCUCCAAUGGGAAUCCCCAAGUCCUUGUCUUCGAAGACGCUAAUGUUUGGAGGCUGGCGUGCACUUUGCAGCGCACAAACGGGAGUGAAGCUUUCCUUUGGCCAGGUCGCCCACAUCGUUUCCGGUGUUUUUGGCGGUCGCUGCUGACCUUGCUCCACUUUGGGCAAGAGGACUACGUGCCUUAUGGCAUUAGACGAGGAGGAGCCUCGUGGUGUUUCCUUGAAACAGCGUCAAUGGACGCAACAUUGCACCGAGGACGCUGGACCUGUGCCAAAACAGCUAAGCAAUACGUUGACCAGGGCACGUUGGCAAUGGCCAAAACCCUGUGGAAUAAGGCGCAGCGAAGGUCCGUCCGAAAAUGGAGCCUAAAAGGGGCCAGAAUUCUCAAGCGUCUGCGACAGUAA